GUUUGCUUGGUAGCCUCAUACGAUACGGUGAGGAGUGAGAAGUGAGAAGUGAGGUGGAAGACAAGUAACGGUGCUACAAAUAUUAACCGUGGACGGCCACAAGAAGCUCCGUCUAGGGUUUUAUUCUUCUCCUUUCCAGACAUGGCUAAACCUUCUUCCGGAACCGUCAACCCUCACAGCCGCACCGGCGUUCGUAUCGUCGUCGCCGGAGACCAAGCCACCGGAAAAUCCAGCCUCAUCAUAACCGCCGCCGCCGAUAACUUUCCCGUCAAUGUGCCGCCGGUCUUGCCUCCCACCAGGUUGCCCGAAGAUAUGUAUCCGGAUCUUGUGCCUAUCACCAUCAUCGACACCUCUUCCCGUCCUGAGGAUAGUGAUAAAGUUGCUGAAGAAUUGCAGCGGGCUGACACAGUGGUCCUUACUUAUGCAUGUGAUCGCCCUGAGACACUUGAAAAUCUAAGCAUAUUUUGGCUUCCACACCUUCGCAAAUUAGAGGUGAAAGUUCCAGUCAUAGUAGUUGGCUGUAAGCUUGAUUUGAGAGAUGAAAAUCAGCAAGUGAGCCUAGAACAGGUGAUGUCACCAAUAAUGCAACAGUUCCGGGAGAUUGAAACUUGCAUUGAGUGUUCAGCAUCUAGGCAUAUUCAGGUCCCUGAGGUUUUCUACUAUGCGCAAAAGGCUGUUCUUCAUCCAACAGCUCCAUUAUUUGAUCAAGAGUCACAAACUCUGAAGCCUCGAUGUGUGCGAGCUUUGAAGCGAAUUUUUAUCCUCUGUGACCAUGACAGAGAUGGUGCCCUUAGUGAUGCUGAGCUGAAUGAUUUUCAGGUUAAAUGUUUCAAUGCCCCGUUGCAACCAUCCGAAAUUGUGGGUGUAAAGAAGGUUGUACAAGAAAAAUUGUCUGAAGGGGUGAAUGAACGUGGACUUACUUUGACUGGAUUCCUUUUUCUUCAUGCCCUUUUCAUAGAAAAAGGGCGUCUUGAGACAACAUGGACUGUGCUCAGGAAGUUUGGAUAUAAUGAUGAUAUCAAGCUUGCUGAUGAUCUAAUUCCACCUAUAAAACGUGCUCCUGAUCAGAGUGUGGAGCUGACAAAUGAAGCACUUGAUUUUUUGAAGGCAAUUUUUGAUGCAUUUGAUGGUGAUGGGGAUGGGAUGUUGCGACCUCGUGAACUUGAAGAAUUGUUUUCUACUGCACCAGAAAGUCCUUGGACUGGAAUUCCAUAUGAAGAUGCUGCAGAAAAAAAUGCAUUUGGGGGACUAUCACUAGAUGCAUUUUUAUCAGAGUGGGCACUUAUGACACUUUUAAACCCGACUUUUAGUGUGGAGAAUCUGAUUUACAUUGGUUACCCUGGUGAUCCAUCAUCUGCCAUCCGUGUGACUAGGAGGCGACGUUUGGAUCGGAAGGAGCAACAUUCAGACAGAAAUGUUUUGCAGUGCUUUGUUUUUGGGCCUAGGAAGACCGGAAAAUCUGCAUUGUUGAAUUCUUUUAUUGGAAGGCCAUAUUCUGAAAGUUACAAUCCAACCACUGAGGAUCGUUAUGCUGUAAAUGUUGUUGAUAUACCUAUGGAAAACAAAAAAUACCUUGUACUGAGAGAAAUUCCUGAAGAUGGAGUUAGGAAGCUGCUGUCAAAUAAGGAGUCUUUGGCCUCAUGUGACAUUGCAGUUUUUGUUCAUGAUAGGUCUGAUGAAUCCUCAUGGAGAACAUCAUCUGAACUCCUGGUUGAAAUUGCUAGUCAUGGAGAAGAUACUGGCUUUGAGGUGCCCUGCCUUAUAGUUGCAGCUAAAGAUGAUCUGGAUUCAUUUCCAAUGGCUAUAGAGGAGUCAAUUAGGGUUAGCCAAGAUAUGGGAGUAGAGGCUCCUAUACCAAUCAGUGUGAAGUUAGGAGAUUUCAAUAAUCUGACCCGUCGGAUUGUAACUGCUGCUGAGCAUCCUCAUUUAAGCAUUCCAGAAACUGAAGCUGGAAGAAGCCGCAAGCAGUACCACAGGCUUAUAAAUCGAUCUCUCAUGGCUGUUUCAGUUGGAGCUGCAGUGGUCGUAGUUGGGCUGGCAGCUUAUAGGGUAUAUGCUGCGAGGAAGAAUGCGUCUGGUUAAAAGACAAGGUUUUGUGAAUGGAACAAGGUUCAUUAACUUGAUAUCGAUGCAGCCUGCUCCUGGCUAGAUAUGUUAAAGUUCAAUAUUCAGUUGGCUUGUUUAUGCCAUCUGUUGUAGAGUUUGCUAUUAUUUUUAUAAAAUCACAAUCCUUACUUUUUCUUUGUCAAUGUUGAAUUGGGUUAGCAUUUUUUUUUUCUUCCAAAUUACGGUAUGUUUCUUCUUUUGCUUGUUUUAGGGUCUUCGUGAUAUACAAUAAUGAGAUAUACUGUCAGGUCCAGUUAAUUACUGGUAACUUCGAAAGAAUGAAAGCAUCCUCUCUGAAUCGGAGAUUGCAAUUGA